GGACAAGAUCUCCUACAUAUACUUUACUCAUUAUCCAUGGCGAAUUGAGACUUUUAUACCCAAAUCAAUUAUAUCCACACCCACCUCAACUAGCGCGGAUGUCGUGUAAAAGCCGAAAAAUUAUACCCGUCUGUCAUCACUACCUAAACAUUAAUGUCUCCAAUUUUUCAAUUUUUAAAAAAUGACCUGGGCCGCUUCUGAAGUCUCUCGACUAUCUGGAGACUAUCUCUCACUAAACCUGCUUAUGCACAUUCGUUCCUUCCCUGUAACUCCGCCAUUUUCAUUGCUCCUUCCCCAAUCUUCCAUGCAUUUUGUAUUUCCGCUAUUACUUCAGCAGGGGUAUUAGUAAAACUAUUCUCAAGGAUUUUCGGGGAAACACGAUCACCUAGGAACAUUAUUCCCGGUUGAUGGCAGCUCGUUUGCAAAUUGAAGGGGAUGAAUCUGUCCUCUGCCGUGUAACACAUUCUAAUCUCAAGAGUUUUAAUGCUGAUGUUAGGUUUUCACUUCAGAUGACAGUGGAAGCCAUGAAAGAUAAGCUUUGGAAAAAAUGUGGCACUUCAAUAAAUUCAAUGUCUCUUGAGCUUUAUGAUGAUACUGGUGCUAAAAUUGCUGAUCUUAGUGACAAUGCUAGACCCUUUGGGUUCUAUUCUCCAAUGGAUGGAUAUCGUCUGCAUGUUGUAGAUCUUGACCCAUCGUCAGUGACUUCUGGUGGUUGGCUGGAAGACACAUCUUUGGUGGAGAAAUACAAAAUUUCUGAUGAAGCCUAUCAAAAGCGUGAUGGCACUUUUAGAAAAUUCAAGGAAAAGUUGGCAGUUCAAAAUCCUUCUGAUGCUAGUACUAAGUUACCUGAAAGUUACAUGGAAGAUCUUUGUGCUAACAUAAAGUUGGGAGAUAGAUGUCAAGUUCAACCAGGAGAUAAGCGAGGUGUUGUGAAAUAUGUUGGCCAAGCACAGAAUUUAGGCCCUGGUUUCUGGAUUGGAGUUCAGUAUGAUGAGCCACUGGGGAAACAUGAUGGAAUGGUCAAAGGAACACGCUACUUUGAUUGUCCACCACUUCAUGGUGCAAUGGUUAGACCAGACAAAGUACAGGUGGGCGACUUUCCUGAGCGAGAUCCAUUUGAAGAAGAGGAGAUUUAGAAGGAGCUCUCAGCAACGUUUAUAAAAUUCGAUUACAUCAAGUAUUUUGACUGAUGUUCUUCAAUCAAGGGAGAACUAUAUUUGUCAUUUGUGCCUACUAUAGCAAGGCAUUCAACUUGCUGUGAAAAUAUAAUUAACCCCUUUUUGUGUUGUGGGCAUGAGUUCGGAAGGGGUUAGGGCUGCUGUUGGUUUUCAUCUAAUGUUUCUAUUAUGAUUCACUUGAGGUUGGGUACUUGUUAUUUGAGCAUUAAUGAACAUUUAAUUGAAUAUUAUUAACUCUAUUGCAUUUUAA